AUGGCUUCACCGCUAUCGCCUUUGCCCAGCACCGCCCUCAACAUUGCAACACCUGCGACUGCGCGUCGCGUCGCACAAGAAGACAUGGACGGCACGCCCACAUCACCAAGCGCUCCCGUGACGGAACCAGCCGAUGCCAGCGCCAACCAGAGCUCCCCUUUUGUUUCCGAAGUACAAGACAAGACAACAGAUAGCCCCUCCAAGGAAGACCCGUCGCCGUCCAAGAUCCGACACUCUAGAAUCCUGUCGGGCAACGAGAUUGCGCCAUUGACUCUGCUCAGCCCAAGAGACGAGAACUUGGACCCCGAACCCCGAUCGCUCUCGAGGCAAGACUCGCGGUCAAAGAGCCCGCGUAGACCCCGUUUCCCCAUCCGACCCACCGGCAGCUCCUCACCUACCAAACCCCUCGAUGCUGAGAGGUUACCAGAAAAAUCUCCGGAAAGAUCGCCAGAGAAGUCACCACUCAAAGCCCCCGAAAUGUCACGCGAGAAUUCGCUAGAGAAGCACAUGGUCAAGACACAAGAUAUGACUCUGGAGGAUGCCUUGCGAGCAAAUGAGGGCUUGAAGAAGGCUAUUCAAAUCUUCGAGGACGAGUCCACCAUGAUGGAGAAUGAUGAUUUACCCGAUAUCAACGCUAUGGACGUCGACCACCCCAUUGAUGUCGACGACAGCAUUGCUGGGCCGGAUGAGUCUAUGGUCAGCACUUUUAGCACCUUCUCAGCAAUUCCCAACAUGACCAUGUUUGCAAAGAUUGGUCACAGCCCAACCAGGUUCGCCAACGCGGAGCUCACGCCAGCCGCCGCCGCCCGGGCUCGCCCUGACCCAUCGCCCGCUCGAUCAGCAAGAACGCUAGAUGGCGGCAACACGACCAGCCUCUUGGAGUUUUCAGAUCAACUUGCUAGAAAUGGAACCUUUUCAUCAUCGAAGAGAGCUCGACUUUCCCCGGCCAAGACUACCGGCCACCGCCCGAGUGCCACACCACAGCGUCACCAGGGAAACCUGCUCGAUUUUGAUAUCCCGCCUCUACCCACGCCUCGCAGUGUCCCUACCGUGACCGCGCGUGAGGUGGAGACACUCAAGUCGCAGUUUCUCUCCGAAAUCAGCAGCCUAAAAGCCUCACUACUUGGCAAGGAAGCCGAAGCCAGUUCUCUUAAGACAGCUGUCACAGAUGCCGAAAAGCGUGUUGGCGAGACCUCGGAGCAGCUACGCGAACUCAAGGCUGAAAAGGAGACAUUACUGGAAGACAAGCAGACUUGGGAGAAGCGCUGCCAAGAGAUGGAGGACGUGCUUCGUAGAGUGAAGGCCGAAAUCCACCAUGGCCAGCGCGAGCGUCAAGAGCUCGAGUCGAAGCUCGACGAGAGCGAAAAGCGUCGUGAAGCUGCAGAGAUCAUGGCGCAAGAGGCUGAAUCCAAGAUCGCCGGAAUGCGCGCGGGCAGGGUCAGCCCAGAUGCAGGUGCAGACACCGGGAAAGAGAUUAAGAACUCUAGUUCUCGUGAGGUUGAGAUCGCUGUCGAGAGAGUAGCGCGCGAGCUGCACGCUCUAUACAAGUCCAAGCACGAGAAGAAGGUCACUGCUCUGAAGAAGAGCUAUGCUAACCAUUGGGAGAAGAAGGUACAGGCUCUGGAGGUUAAGAUCGAAGAAGCCGACACCGAAAACGAGAAAUUGAAGCAGGCCCAAGAGACCGCUGUUACCAGGGUGGACCCCAACCUCGCUUCUGAGAACCAGGAACUCAGAACACAGAGUGUUCACCAAUCUGGCCAGAUCACCGAGCUCAAGGCAGAGGUGAAGCAACUCGGCGCCGUAAUUGAAAGUGUCAAGCAGGACAACAAUGAACUGAUCCAGCUCUUGGAGAAGGAGCGCAUCGAGAAGGGCGAGCUUGUUUCCCUUGCCGAGGAGAUGAUGUCGAUGCAGCAUAGCUUCAUCCAACAGGAAGAAAAGCCCGCUCCACCCAGCCCACGCAAGGUGCCCGAGCCUGUGAGUGCCAGGAAGAGCCUCGCUAGGCCGAUGGCCUCGGGACUUCGCGCUCCCGGCUCGCUUCAGAAGUCGCACACAGAGAGCCGCAUUGGUGGACUUGGUCAUGAACGCACGAAGAGUGGUGGACUCCAGGGAGGUCUCCCUCGCCCGGGCAUGAUUAUGGGGGGCCGAAGCGGUAUCAUGUCUUCGAUCGAGAAGAUGGGUAACCACAGAGGAAGAGUUGAAUAA